CCUUCGUUAUACUACCCUACAACUCUGGUGGUUUCCCCAGCAGUUUCAAACCAUGAACUGUGUGCCACGAAUACUCUUCCCGUAGGGGAAAAUUUCACCUGUCCUGUGUCUGUCACUGGAGUGCUGCUCACACAGGCCAGAUCCAUUGCAAACCCUGGAAUACAAACCUCGGUUCCGUUCUACACUGCCCACCUCGGCUCUAUUCAGCCCCAAGUGGGUAGCUGGAAACUCGCCUCUAAUGGGAAUGAGUCCGCUAACACAGCAGUUGCUAAAGCAUCUACUUCUAAAACGAAUUGUGAAUCGGAUGCAAAUAAAGCUGACCAGAUAAAGAAGCCAUCAGUCACUUCCACCCAAGCAACACCCUUCACCCCUAUCAGUAAUACUGACCUCCCUGGGUUGCAGUCAACCACAACCCAUGGCACACAUAACGAACUCAGUUGCCGGUUGUACAACAGCUGUCCACCUCAGAUUCUCUUGCGCCCCAGUGAUGUGCGCUUUCUAGAUCAGGCAGAGUGUUCCGGGAAAAAUUCAUUUCAGAACAAGUUGCCCUCAACCACUGCUGAGAAUCAAAUCAAAGUUUCCACUAUAGACUCAUGUUGCAAUUCCAAAUCAGAUGGUCUACGCUGGCAAAUUCCUAUGCAUAAAGGGAAUCACAGCACAGCUCAAAGGAACCAGUCACUGUUAAGUUUGCAACAGUCGUCUUCCUUUUGUUCAGAACAUAAUAGCCAUCCGUCAAUAGCAACAUCUUCCGAUGACCCUAAGCUGAAUAUCCAAGUCCUCACAGAGACCCGAAGAGCGAAGACCGAAAAUGUCAACAUGAUACCAGUAGACGGAUUACAAACGCAACCGGCCAAUCAGGUGGGUGGAGUUUUCAUUUGUCUUCUCAAAAUUUGGUGUGAGUAUGUAGCAUUAGUUUGGGGUUUUGGUCAGUUUUCGUCUCACUUUUCGGGGGGUCCAACAUUUAUAACACAUUCGGCAUUGGUGUCACAUACUCCUCAAGCCUGUGCAACACGGGCUCAUGCAACAGAAAAAACGCAAAAUAGCAGCAAGAGACGGAAAAGCUAA